UCAAGUGGUUUUUCCGACGGCCAUAUCAUGACGCAUCAAAUGAAACUGCGAGGAAAUCCCAUCAAAAGAUCGGCAAGUUACAAUGGAUUUUCGCUUGCUCUUCCCAAUGACAUCGUUGAACUGAAUGUUGUAGAUAGUUCACCCGACUCUUCGGCAUAUUUUAUGGAUUGGAGCCCAGUUGUUCGAAAACAAGUCGGCUGCCCAUUGCCGAUAAGAUCACCGAAUCAUGCGCUUGAUUGCUCAGUUUCAAACAGAUUUAGGGAUAGAUUACAGGGCGUAGAAAAUUCUGAUGUUAGUUUGACUGAACUUAGUGAUGCAUUAAGUGGAAGCGACGUUUGGCAAGAAGAAUUAAUUCUUCGUUUGAGGCGACAGGAAGCUGCCAUUGAGAAAGACAAAGCCAGGCUUGAGGAAGAAAUAAAGACCCUCCAGUUGAAGUUGGAAUUAGAGGAGGAUUUGCGACGCAAUGAUAAAGAAUGCAUGGAUAUCCUUAGAAGCCACAUCUCAAAGCUUGAAGGAAAACUACAAAGCAGUGAGAAGAAGAUAAGAGAAUUAGAACACGAAAAACAACGGCUUGAGGUUAACUCUGCAGUGCUACCCGCAACAAAGCCGGGGGAAUUUACACUUUUGAAAGCGCGCUUGGAUGCUAGUACGGCCACUAUUCAUGCCCUUGAAGCGGAUUUAAAAAGGAUAAAAGGCGAGAAAGCUACACUUGAGGGGCAAGGAAAGGAAUAUCAAGACAUGCUGAUAAAACUUGAGCAUCAGCUGCGAAGCGCUAACAAAGAACUCCAGCGUCGCGAGAAUCGAGUAAACGAGCUUGUCGAGGAAAGAAGAUCUCUGGAGGACUUUCAGAUAAAAGCACGCAGCUUGCAAAGAAAAGAUCAGAAAUCUUCUUAUGCUCUGCAAAUUCAAAUUGUCAACCUGCAAGAAAAACUUGAGAUGUCGAGCCGGACAAAUGAAGAGUUGAAAAGUGAAAAGGAGAAGUUGGAAGCUAAAAUCAAACAACUUGAAAACAAGGUGAAAGAAUUAGAGGGAAGUUAUCGAUCCAAACUUGAGCAGACAAUGGAAAGAUUAAAACGGCAGAAGUCACACGCUGAAGAUAAUCCAUUCAAGGGAAUAAACGGAUGUUUACAGCGUGAUCAUCAACCAUCUUCAAGCGAAAAAUCGGCCGACAGCCAGGAAUUAAAACAACAAUGUAACGCGGAGGUCAAAGUGUCAACGCAACGAAAGCACAUUUGUACCUUGCUCAUGGAGUUGAACAAACAAAUGGAGGAAAAUACUUGUAAAGAAAUUGAAUUAGCCCCCUUGGAGUCAACUCUGAAAGAAUUUCUGGAUAAGAUUUCCAACAAUGUUACACAUGCACUACGGCAGACCAAAUUUCAAGGGAAGCCCCUGCAACUGGUCGCUGCGGCUAAGGAACCCUCCAAAGAGGAAGUUAUAUGGGAGAAAGCACCCGCUAAAGUAAGUCACUUUUUGUUGCUUCGGAAGCUUUUUCAUGUAAGAUAUUUUAGCUUAACCUUUACAAAUCUUAAUAUCUUACACAUGUAAGUAAUUCUCCUUACUGUCUGCCAUACAAUUCUUAUGAUGUUUGUUUGGAGAAUUUGGUACUGGAUCAACUUAAAAUGCUUUCAAACAUUUGACAACUAUUCAUGAGGGUGAAAUUAAUAUUUUUGAAUGAUAGCCUCAGGGAUUAUUCACCACUAUUCACUGUGCCUGAGGCAAAUGAGUGAUUAAGUAUAAUUGCUAAGGUGCUUUUGAAUUCUGUUGUAAAUUUUUUUUUUACUGU